UAUUUUGUUCACGUAACAACUUCAACUAACGAAGAGGGCUUAAAGCGAGGCGCUAGGCGAGAGCGAGAGUGAGAGGCGGAAAAGGGAGGAAUGGGAGCCUGGGCUAUCGCUGUUCAUGGUGGCGCUGGUGUCGACCCUAAUCUCCCUAAGGAAAGACAAGACGAGGCUAAGAGACUCCUCACUCGUUGCCUUGAUAUUGGCAUCUCUGCUCUCCGCUCUAAUGUCCCCGCCAUUGACGUCGUUGAACUUGUUGUGAGAGAACUGGAAACAGACCCGCUGUUCAACUCCGGGCGUGGGUCUGCUCUUACGGAGAAAGGAACAGUAGAAAUGGAAGCCAGCAUUAUGGACGGGCCUAAAAGGAGAUGCGGUGCCGUUUCUGGCUUAACCACGGUUAAGAACCCAAUCUCCCUCGCCCGACUCGUCAUGGAGAAAUCACCGCAUUCUUAUUUGACCACCCCGGGAGCCGAAGAGUUUGCCAAGAAACAGGGCGUGGAGAUGGUGGACAAUGAUUACUUCAUCACAGAAGAUAACGUGGGGAUGCUUAAGUUGGCUAAAGAAGCAAACUCAAUCCUGUUUGAUUACCGUAUCCCGACGGUUGGCACCUGCGGUGCAGCUGUGGACAGCCAUUUGCAGAUGAACGGGCUCCCGAUCAGCGUCUACGCACCGGAGACAGUUGGGUGUGUGGUGGUUGACAAGGAGGGUCGGUGCGCUGCAGGCACUUCAACUGGUGGGCUCAUGAACAAGAUGUCAGGAAGGAUCGGUGACUCGCCCAUUAUAGGUGCAGGGACCUACGCAUGUGAGUUGUGCGGGGUGUCGUGCACAGGGGAAGGAGAAGCAAUCAUCCGAAGCACCCUGGCAAGGGAUGUAGCUGCGGUUAUGGAGUACAAAGGGUUGAAUCUUCAUGAGGCAGUGGAUUAUGUGAUAAAGAACAGGUUGGACGAAGGUAAAGCAGGGCUAAUUGCUGUGUCGAAGAAUGGUGAGGUGGCUUGUGGGUUUAACACCACUGGGAUGUUUAGGGGCUGCGCCACCGAGGGUGGGUUUAUGGAGGUUGGUGUCUGGUAAAAUAAAAUGUUAUUAUUAGGAUUGCAUUACAAUUUUUUCCUGGGGUGUUCCCCCAAGAGGGUUUGCUUUUUUCGUGAUUUCAGACAUGUGCUUCAUGCACCUGGUUUUGUUUUUGGGUUUCAUCCAUGUAAUUGAGAUGUCGAAUAAAUAUUUAGUAUCUUCAAAUCUUUGAUUUUGUAA